AUGGUCAAGCGGAAAGAUCUCGGUGAUGUCCAGAUGGGCGGUACUCAGCCAGAGGAGGAGGACUCCGGCGAGGACAUUGACAUGGUCAAUGUAGAUUUCGAGUGGUUUGACCCGCAGCCAAUAGAUUUCCACGGCAUGAAGAACCUGCUGCGCCAGUUGUUCGACAAUGACGCUCAAAUCUUUGAUAUGUCCGCUCUGGCCGACUUGAUUCUUUCGCAGCCAACACUGGGUUCAACAGUGAAGGUUGAUGGAAACGAAUCGGAUCCCUAUGCAUUCCUGACGAUUCUCAAUUUACAAGAGCACAAGGACAAACCCGUCAUCCAGGACCUGAUCAACUACCUUAAAACCAAAUCCGCCUCUAACACGUCUCUUUCUGCCGCCCACGAGCUUCUCUCUCAGAAUCCUAUUCCCCCUAUCGGUCUCAUUCUCACCGAGCGUCUGAUCAACAUGCCUUCCGAGAUCGUCCCGCCCAUGUACAACAUGCUCCAGGAGGAGAUCGCCUGGGCCAUUGAGGACAAGGAACCUUACAAUUUCUCGCACUACCUCGUUGUCUCCAAGAACUACGAGGAGGUUGAGUCCAAGCUCGAUCAGGAAGAGUCUCGGCCUCAGAAGAAGAAGAAGAAGGGCGGUGAGCAGGCUGAGCGAUUCUUCUUCCACCCCGAGGAUGAGGUGGUGGAGCGCCAUGCGCUGUGCUCAGGCUCUAUCGAAUAUACUCACAAAUCCGAUGAGGGGCACUCUGACUCCAAGCGUGCCUUCCAAGAGCUUGGUAUCAAGACCAACGGUAGCUUGAUUUUGCUCGAAGCCGCCAAGUUCGAGCCUAUGGUCAAAGCCCUCACGGAAUAUAUGUCCUAG